UCCUUUUGGUUGUUCUUUAAGACCAACACAUCCAAAAUGAAACCAUUCUAUCUUGCACUGUUGAAAGAAGCAAAGACGUGCAUCAGAUAAAUUUUAGAAAACAAGGCAAAAGAUAUUUUCCAAGAGAGAUAAACAAUGAAGUCGGUUACAUAAAUCAGGGUUAUCGCAUGCCACCGUCUCACCAAAGCUGACUUGGUUGCAGAAACAGUAUGUGGGCUCAUUUGGAUCCACUGGUAAAUCUAGCUCCAUGCCAGUUGGAUCAGCGGCAGCUGCUGCUACUUCUGUAGCUGCCGCCGCUGCUGCCGUUGCUGUUGCCAGCCGUGUUCUGCACCAUAGGAGGGUUCAAGCAAAUGUCAUGGUUCGAAAUUUGUCACAGGUAUACCAGAGAAGAAUGUCCAGUGUGCAUGAAUAAGGACUUUAUUUUUCAAGCCAAGCUUUCUGCUGUGGGAAGAAAAACAAGAGAAUAUUGUUUGGGUCACAUGGUGUGGUUUAGAUCACUCAUAGCGCAGAACCAAUUUUGACCCAGACCAACUGGAUCACAAAAUUUGAGAACUGUGAUAAAGUAUAGUUCCAUCU